CUUCUUUUCCUCCGUCUUUACUCAGACCGUUCCUCUUGUAUCUGUCCCUGGCGUUGUGCAUUUCGAAAAACAAAAGUUCUUAACACUUUCUUUUAACAAUCAGAAAACUGGAAAAAAAAGUCUGCAACGACAAAACAAAACAGUUUCUUUUUCUUAUCCCGGCGCGCAGACAAGUUGACAAGAUCUUGCUUCUGACCUGGGACUGAAUGAGCCAUAAAUUGUGCCUGGCGUUGAAGCAUCGUCCUCUGCAACCAUGAGUGCCGAGGCUUCCGACCGCAAGCUGAUGAACCCGUCGACCGAGGCGCAGUUCUUCCAGUUUCUGCGGCAGUUGAGCGACAGCUAUGACGACGACGUCCGUGCCAAGACGAUCAAAACCCUCUCCGCCACUCGAAACCUGGAGCUCUCUCCAAAGGGCAUGAUGCAGUUCCGCCAGGAAUGCAACGACAAACUUGUGCCAGUGAUGGAAACGCUGAUUCAGCGGCAGAAUAGUCAAUGGGCUGACAUGUGGAUCUUCAUCAUAGAACAGAUGGGUCGCAGCCUUCAUGCGGACAACAUGUUCCUUAAUAGAAUACUCAGCGUGCUAGAAAAGGGCAUGAAGCGGAAGGACACGCAGUCCAUUAUGUGGUCCCUCAACUGCUGGAAGGUCCUGAUCGACAACUUUGCACUCAAUCCAAAAAUGAUCACUGUCUCUCGGCGUGUGGGCCUUUUGGCCAUACCUCUUAAGGCCAGAAAUGUCAGAGAUUCUAAUGUGCUAGAGGUCAAAUUGAAACUCUGGUGGCACCUCUUUGCAGCCCUUGGUGCUUACAUGGACAUGCAUGCUGAAACGGUGACCAAGCCCUUUAUGCUUUUUGCAUUUGGGCCUUUCGAGCAGCCUUCCUCUUACGUCCUGAGCAAGUACCCUGACGCAGUGCACACUGCCCUCUUGCUGAUGACCUCAUUGGUUGCAACUGGUGUGGCUAACGAGCAAUUGGCGCAGCUCGAGACCCCCUUCAAGAGCCCCAUUCCCCUCAUCAAUGAUGGCAAGACCUUUUUGUGUUUAGCUGAUUAUAUCACCAAGUCGAUCGAUGUUCUCUUGAAGCAGCCAAUUGAGCUGUCAAUCAAACCGCUCGAGGUUCUCAUGACGGCCACCAUCCACAGGAUUGUGCUGCUCUGCAACGAAAAUACUCCGUUCGGCUCGGACAUUCUUGCCCAGCUCUUAAAAAUUUUAAGAGUGACCCUGAUGGACCAAAUUGUCAUCAAGAAACGAUACACGGAUCUGCUCAUUUUUGCUGCUGAGUCUUUGACCGACAUGCUUCCUGGGACCUUGAUGGACUUGAAGUUGCAAAUUUUAAACAACACUUCUCCGCGUGACUUUUUGUUCCAACUUCUCUGUCAUCAGGAGCACCUGCUUUUGCAUGCCAAACCAAUCAUUGUGAAGACUGAAGAAAGACAAUGUGCUGUGCUUGGACGGUUACUGGUGCCUUCCAAAACCCUGGUAGUGCAGCCUGGCAGUUUGGCCAGAGCCAUGCUGCUUGUUUCAACACUCACCGAGCUGCAAAAUAUUUCUGCUGGCGAAAUGUCUAAAAAGUGCCUGCAUUUGUGGGAGCAGUGCAGCAGGUUCAUGCACAAAUUCCCCAAGGAAUAUUUCAACAAGGACAGCAACCUUCAGGGCCAGCAAAUGUAUAUGGACCUCAUUUUGAUGCCGUUUAAGCUGAUAUUGUAUGGUUCUCUGGAUACAUCCUUGGUGGUUGAAAAUGCUAUUGUGUCAGCCUUGAAAACUUUGUUCUUCGACUUCACGGAAGCAGUCCAUCUGUCGCUAUCCGUGGACAAGGUUGACCCUUGCCAGCAUAUGUACAGCAAAAUCACGGAGCUCUUAAAGGCUGAAAGAUACUCGCCAACUAUAUUUCAAAUAAUCGUAAAGGUCGUCACUAAGCUCAUCUUGGUCAGGACAAGCGCAAGUUACACACGCUUCUUCGGGAAAGCGGCAUGUCGAGAAGCAGAGAGUGCUGAGCUGAAACUUUUGUCCAAACUGACUGAGCUGUUGUGCAAGUUGGUUGACGAGAGUCCAUCUGUUGCUGGAAAAAUGACACCAAUUGUUGCCAAAGCUCUUGGAAAUCUUGCCUUGCUUACUUCGUCUUCGGAUGUGAUUAUUGGAGCCAUAAGAGCCUUCUAUGAGAUUUUCACCAGAAGCCCUGUGAACCACUGGCCAAACAAUCGAAUGGAGGUCACUGAUCCUUGGACAUCAAUGGCGGCUCCAUUUAAGAGAGCAUUUAACUCGGAAUCGCCAGUAAAACGGAACGAACUGUUGGCGUUGAAGCCAAAACUAAUUGAGCUUACUGAUCAUCCAGACAUUAAAGUCUGCAACGCAGCUAAAGAAAUGAUUUACAUGUACUCUUUUGGAUCAAAGAAUGAGGGACCCAAGUCUUCCACUGAUGUUUCAACUCCGAAGACGCCUGUCCUGAAAAGAACUACUCAGUCAAGGAAGAGAAGUAUACUUUUAGGGCAGACUCCUCCGCCUCCUACGAGCCAAACGAGUAAAAUUGCGUCUCCCAGCCAGAAGCUUUCUCCUGCGAAACCAAGUCUGGAGGAUCUUGAUUCUCAAGACUUUGUGAAAAUAACGAGUCAACCAAAAAUGAAAAAGCCACUCACACCUCACCAGAGGGAAGUGAAAAGAAGGCGACGUGAAGACAUCCCAGCUUUGUAUCAAGGUCUUUCACAAGAUACGCAGAUGUCUCAAGACACGCAGGACGAAUCUCCAGUUGCUGAACUUUCUAAGCCACCUCCACUCAUGGCCACAUCUGUUUGGGACGAAGAAGCUGUGGAUAUUGAUUUGGCUCAAGUAAAAGCAACCGAAGAAAAAACCUCGAGCCAGGAAACUGACGAAAACAAGUCUAUGAAUAGCCAGGAAGAAGGCGGUCUUGUACAAGAGUCUCCAGAGACUGUUCAAAUAGUGAAAGAGUCGCAGGAUAUUGAAUUUGUUGAAAACUCACAGAACUACUCCACUGUGCCAAUUCAAACUGCUCCAAAACCAGAACUUGAUCAGGCAGCACUCCAAGUCAUGAGGGCUUGUAACCGGCAAGGUGUGACUUUGCCACCACCUGUGAGAGUAAGCAAAGAAGAUGAUGUUGCCCCAGUGGAGAAUGAGUCGUCAGCUCCUGUGAACAAGAGGAAAAGCUUGCCCCCUAUGAAAAGUCUAGGACCUCGAGGCAGAGCAGCACAGAUGGUCGGUCUUGUCACUACCACCAAAGAACCAACAUCCGCUCAAGAAAGCAAGCAGUCCGAAGCCAGUGCACCCCAAAAGGUCAUGUCCAGUUUGAAGGCACUGUCUUCCUCAAAGUUGGAUCUUUCUAAACAGAAUGACUCGUCGCCAACCAUUAAUAGCGUUCCUUCCAGUGCAGUAUCAUCUCCACUGAGCUCUAACAGAAAGCGAAGUAAUUUAAAAAGAGACAAACAAGAUGAGUCACCUUCUCCAUCUCCAAAGCGUUCAAAGCGAGUUAGCUUUGCUGAACCCGUUGUAAGCGGCCAGCAGGACAGCCCUAAUAUAUUGCAAGAUAUACAGGUUUACAAUAACUACUACAAACAGUCUCCAGCUACAAAGAAGAAAAUGAAAGCUUCAAGGAAAUUACUCAUGGCUCCAAAAGAUGGAUUCCAGCUCAUUAAAGAGCAUCCAAUUUCUCAGGGCAGUCUAGAGAAUGAAGAGCCAACUGAGAGGGACGGACCGAUUGAGCCAACACUUGAUAAAUGCAUGGUCCCUCUGGCCGAAAUAGCACCCAAGCUUGUGUCGCCCAUGCUUGUUGAUGAAUUCACCAAGCAGAUGACUGAGAUGAAUAUAUUUACCGUUCACGAUUUGAACCAGCUCUCUGAUCUUGCCAUUGCUGGUUUGCCACUCAAAGAGCCUAAAAUAGCCACAGUCAAGACUGUUCUCAAGGAACUGGUUGAAGCCCAGGAGGAAAAUUGCAAUGACGAUGAUUUCACAACAGAGAUUGAAGAAAUGCCUCUAUCUCAACAUGUGGAUACUGAAAGCAUAUCAAUCGUUACCACACACCUUGACACUGUUCCAGUUAUCGAAGAAGUGAUAACUUCUGAAGAAAGUUCUCCUGAGGAUGGUGGAGAAUUGAAAGAGAAGCCAAAAUCCGUAGCCGAUGAAACUGAAGAUAAGCCCGUGGAACUUGUAGAAGCAAGUCAGCCUGAUUUAUUAUUGAUUACUCACGCAAGGGAAGCUGCACCAGAAGAUAUGAUUGACGACCAAACCAGUUCACUUGAUGACCAGAAUAUUCGAGAGACAAAACAAGUUGUUAGAGCAGAAAGUGAAAACAAGCAGGAAGUCGAGGAGCGGAUCAUUCCAGAGAAGGAUGAAGUUGUUGGGCUUGAGGCUGAUGCAAUAAUCGAAUCAAUUGACAAAGACACGUCUGCUGGUAAAAUUGACAGUCAUACAAGCCAGGAAGUUGGCCAUAACAGUCAAAUUCUGGUGGAAUCCUCAUUGGCCAUGGACACUGAAGUUCUCAAAACCCAGGAAGUGAUCGCAGUGAAGGAAAUUUUGCCAGAGUCCAUGGAUGUACCAGAAAGUCCUGAACGUGUCAAAACUGCUGAUGAAAUUUUUGCCAACCUGACUGAAAGUGAAAAGGAAAAGUUCAGAAGGCUCUUUUUACAACAGGAAGAUUCAAAAACACUGAUGAUUGAGUUGGAGUCGCGAAAUGAGAAUGUUUUGGCUUCCAAGAGCACUUCAGAGUUGUUGAAAGAACUGAAAAGCAGAUCAGAAACAUCUCAAAUUCUUCAGAUGUUGGACGACGAGCCAGAAAUUCAGUCCUACGCCGAAAAUGGUGUUAAUUUGGGCCGUCUAAUGCAAAAGAAGCCAGUAGAUGAAGUGUCAGCAGACAUAUCAUUGUUCAUUCAAAAUAAUCUCGACCACUCCACCGACAUGAUUAACAAAGUCCUAAGCUCAAUGGACAAAGUAAAUCUCACCAACGCUUUCAAGAACAUUGAAGACAAAGUCUGUGACUCUCUUUCCCAAUCCACAGUUGAAGAUCACGUACGCAGCUUGAUCGAGACCAAUUCUGAAUUUGCUCAAGACUUCCUUGCAAGUUUGGGAUCUCCAGUAUUGGUUCAAAGCAUUUCAGAUCAAUGUGCCAAAGGCAAAGUUUCCUUCAGCGAUGUGCAGGCAAAUUGCGUGUUUAAUCAAAUCAAGUCCCAGGUUGACGAAUCGGCUGAAGAGAUCAGACAGAAAUUCGAGUCUAAGAUGGAUGUAGGCGAAAUUUCACACCCAAGUGAAAAGUUGAAAAACUUUGUCCUAAAUAAAUGCAGUGAGGAAGAAAUUUUGAACCAAAUUGACCUGAAGAAAACCACCAUUCGAAACAAACUUGUCAAGAAAAUAAGCAACGAGGAAGUUUUGGAGAUGGCCAUUGACAAACUUAACUCGGAAGAGGCUGUUGUAGUCAGCGAGUGUUUGGAGAAAUCGCUGGAGAAACUGGCCGUCUACUUGCAGCAAAACAGCAUGGCCGGUAUUCUUCAAGAUAAGCACAUGGACGACCAAGUGGUGCAGACUUGCUUGAAAGCGCUGAUGGAGAAAACCACCAUACCAGCGGCGAUUGGAAUUUUCUCUGAGCAGCAAGUCUGUCUGCUUCUGGAGACCCUGCUGAAGGACCCGCAACGCAGGGAGCAACUGAUUAAGCUCAUGUUUGGCCUUAUAGAGGACGGCGAGAUGAUGGAGCUGUUCGGCAAGAAAAGACUGACCGAGCUGAUGGCGGUGGGUGUGAUGAGCGGCGACCUCGAGCCCAUGCAGGCGAUCUUCGAUGUCUUCUGCGGCACACACAUUGUGCAGGCCGCGUGCAAAAUCUUCAAGGACGGCACCAGCGACGCUCACGUCAACAUGCUCAAGGCCGCCUUCCCCAGGAAGCAGCUCGCCAAGUGGGUUUCCGAGAUUCUUGACUCGUAGGUAGAUACUUAAUUCUCUAUCUUUUCUCCGAAUCAAUGCUUAGAUUUUGAUGAAUAUGCAAAGUAUUUUCAUGUACUUUUCGAUGAGCUUGUAUUGAACUGUAAAAUUAAGGUGUUUUGCCAUGAUUACGAUCACAAUAAAAUCUCUGCUUUUUUUUGUAUAACUCU